UUUGAAUUGCAAUAAUUUUGGGUGGGAAAAAAUCACGAAAAUCGAGAUUAUUUAUUUUGGCGCAAAAUAGGAGAGAGAAAAUCUAAACUCACCAAAGACAGAAUUAAAAACUUAAAGUGGGUCCCUCUUACAACUAAGGAGAGAGAUUUUUUUAUUUUUUUAAGAAAAAGAUAAACCCUAGCUCUUUCUCUCUCCUCUCAUCCCCAAAUUUGAAAAAAAACAUUUGACCUUGGAACCCUAGAUUGAUUUUCCCCAAUUUGAUUUGUGUUUUUAUUUUGAUUGUCAAUAAAUUAAAAAAUAAAAAAAAAAUGAGUUCUUCUCAAGUGGUACCACCGCCACCGCCGAGAAGAACUAGUUUGACCCAGAAACGGCAGCCGGCGACGGCGGCGAAAAAAUCGGCGCCACCAGCUGAAAAUGGAACCUCCUCCAAGCCUACUUCACCUCCGUCGUCUGUUGCGGGAGGAGAGAGAACGGUGAAGAAGUUGAAGUUGUCAAAGGCAUUAACGAUUCCGGAAGGGACGUCGGUGUCGGAUGCUUGUAGAAGGAUGGCGGCACGUCGUGUUGAUGCUGUGUUGUUGACUGAUUCUAAUGCUUUGUUAUCUGGAAUUGUUACUGAUAAGGAUAUUGCUACUCGGGUUAUAGCAGAGGAGUUGAGGCCGGAACAGACUGUUGUAUCGAAAAUUAUGACUAGGAAUCCGAUAUUUGUGACUUCGGAUACAUUAGCUAUUGAUGCUCUGCAGAAGAUGAUUCAAGGAAAAUUCAGGCAUCUUCCUGUAGUAGAAAAUGGUGAAGUGAUUGCUUUGUUGGAUAUUACAAGGUGUUUAUAUGAUGCCAUUUCAAGAAUGGAGAAAGCUGCCGAGCAGGGUAGUGCUAUUGCUGCUGCAGUUGAGGGAGUUGAGCGUCAGAUGGGUAACAAUUUCAGUGCACCUGCUGCGUUUAUAGAGACAUUAAGGGAACGGAUGUUCAAGCCUUCUUUGUCGACUGUUAUCACAGAAAACACCAAGGUUGCAACAGUCUCACCGUCUGACCCUGUUUCUGUUGCUGCAAAGAAGAUGAGGGACUAUCGUGUUAAUUCCGUAAUCAUAACAAGUGGGAUCAAAGUUCUUGGAAUCCUAACGUCAAGGGAUAUACUCAUGCGGGUUGUAGCACAGAAUCUUUCACCUGAGCUGACUUUGGUGGAAAAGGUGAUGACAUCCAAUCCUGAAUGUGCAAAUUUGGAAACAACAAUUCUUGAAGCAUUGCACAUAAUGCACGAUGGGAAAUUCCUUCAUCUUCCAGUUUUGGACAGAGAUGGAUCUGUUGCUGCUUGUGUUGAUGUCUUAAUGCUAACUCAUGCUGCUAUUUCCAUGGUUGAGAAUAGCUCUGGAACUAUGAAUGAUAUGGCAAACACAAUGAUGCAAAAGUUCUGGGACUCAGCACUUGCAUUGGAGCCACCAGAUGAUUCAGAUUCUCAUAGUGAAAUGUCAGCUGCACUGAUGAAUUCUGAAGGAACAGAUUUGGGAAAAUAUCCGUCACUUGGUCUUGGAAAUUCGUUUUCAUUUAAAUUUGAGGACCCUAAAGGGCGUGUUCACCGAUUUACUUUUGCGACUGAGAAUUUGGACGAGCUUGUUUCUGCUGUUAUGCAAAGAAUAGGGUCUAGUGACAGUGGCAACCGUCCACAGUUAUUGUACGAAGAUGAUGAAGGUGAUAAAAUAUUACUCACAUGUGAUUCUGAUCUCAUUGGUGCUGCGCUUCAUGCAAAAUCAGUGGGACAAAAGGUUAUAAGGUUGUUUCUAGAGUUCCCUGAAGCUGUCAAGGAAACCAGUUCAGAGACUAGUGCCGCUGUUGUUGAGAGAUCUAGAUGGACAUCAGUUCAUUCAGGGAUUCUGGCAGGUACAGUGAUGGUAACAGCUGUUGGUGUGGUGGUCUAUUUGAGGCAUGUAAAACACUGAGGUGUUGCAUGGAAUCAGUACCAGGCUGCAGACAUUGGCCGUCCUAACAUAAUUAUACAUUUACUUUGGCUUCAAUUGAUGCCUGCUUCUUUGUUGGGAAGUUGUUAGUUCUCCCAAACACGAUGUGAUAUGCAUAAUUUUUUGUUCUCUUGGGGCCAUUGUGACCUUUAAAACUAUCCCAUAUUUUUGUAAAUUGGAAAUAUAUAAAGCAAUCAAGCAAAGCUUGGAUCUUCUGACAACAUCCUUUACUACUCAAGGUGGUUCACCUUACAGAAGUAUGACACUACUUUUCGGUUGGUAAAAUUAAUAAAAUUUUUGUAAGUUAAAGUUCAAAGUUUCUUCAGUCUUCAGAAUAAGCUUCUGUCAACAUUUUGUUAUCAACAUUCAGCAAAGGUGCAUAUAAAUGAUGUUAUUGUAUGUA